AUGUCAGGGCGUAAAUGGGAGCUCGGCUGGAUCCUAUGCGAUAUUUGGAUCAGCUUGGACAUCCUGAUGUGCACCGCUUCCAUCCUCUCGUUGUGUGCUAUCAGCGUGGACCGGUACCUUGCAGUCACCAGGCCCCUGACCUACUCCAGGCGGAGAAGGUCGAAGAAACUUGCCCUCACCAUGAUCUUCUUCGUGUGGAUCGCUGCAGGAGCUAUAACAUGCCCACCGAUGUUGGGAUGGUAUGAGCCAGACCACAACCAAGGAGGGGUGUGCCGAUACAACCAAAACGCUGGCUACGUGGUUUUCUCUGCCAUGGGCUCCUUCUUCCUGCCUAUGGUGGUGAUGGUUUACGUCUACGCGAGGAUAUCUUGCGUAGUCGCCAGGAGACACCAACAACUAGCCAGCACUGCGACUAAAUGCAAUAAGAAAGGAAAGUUAUCCUGCAUCCGUACAGAAUCAGAUUCGGGUUCCGACAAGCUAUCACUCAGGCAGAGCGCUUCCAAGCAAGCGUCGAAAGCAUCCACACAGCAAAGCGAAUGCUCCUCCCAGCAGGGUGACCACAAGUGCCCCUGCUGUUUCAAGGCCGAGAAGAAGAACCGACAAUCUAAACAGUACAGAGGUAGCAAAGAACGGGAAUCCAGAUUCUAUAAUGAAGUGACGUUCAAAUCCAACUUUAAGUAUAAGAACACGACCAGACACCGAACGCAUUCGAUGAAGGAGAACAUAGAUAACAACAGAGUAUCUUCACUGAGACGGGAAACAAAAACUGCGCAGACUUUGAGUUUGGUGGUAGGAGGCUUCGUGGCUUGCUGGUUGCCGUUUUUCCUGUAUUACCUCUUGACACCUUUCAUACCAUCCAGUUAUGUAAAUCCCGUACUGAUGUACAUUUUGACGUGGCUUGGAUGGUUCAACUCGGCUAUCAAUCCGUUUAUUUACGCGUUCUAUUCUCCUGACUUUAGAGUUGCAUUUUGGAGGCUCACUAUCAAGAAAUGUAAAAGGAAUAAGCGAUAA